GAUAUUGGAAACUGAAUAACGGUGAAUUUUGCAGAAACUACUGAUGCCUUUGCGAAAUAAAUGCAUGCAAAUCACCAAUGUUGCCACUUACAGCUUGUCUCAAUACAUUGUCGUAUAGCACAUUGUCCACUAGAUGGCGGCAUGUCAUCUCCAGUUUGCCUGCUGGCCUUUACGUGAACCGAUUUCCCAGUCGUUAAGGUUAUCUUUUAUAAAGGAGUUCACACUUCCACACUGUUACGGAGUGACAAGGAGGAGCGAGGCUAUUUUUUAGAGGCGUGGCCUCAGGGACACGAAUAUAAAGGAAGGGGACUGUGGCCCCCGAGCUUACUUUACAGCAUCCCGGUUGCUGUGCACAAGUCAGCAGCUUCACUUUCAUCCCCCUACCUUCCCCCCCCACAAAUACACACACACACACACGGGCGAUAUCUUCCAUCCUGCAGACCUGUGCAGCGGCAGCUGGGAUGUCGAACUCGGAGAGGGUAGUGUUGGCCCUUGGAGGAGCGGGCACGGUUGGCUCUGGGAUAGUGAAAGCGCUGCUGGACAAAGGGUUCAAGGUCGCAGUGAUUUCCAGGGACAGCAGCCGGCUGGAGAGGCUCCAAACUUUCGUGUCUCCCAGUACAAAGGAUAACCUCACCACCCUAGUGGGGAAUGUGGGGUCAGAGGAAGGAGCAGAGCGGGCGAAGCAGGACCUGCUGAAGGCGGUGGGGAAGGUGACAGACGUCGUCUCCUCUCUGGGCUUCAGCUGGUGGCAGGGCGGACCCCCACACACUCAGUCCCUCAAGGACCUAGACUGGGUCAUUGAGACGUUACUUUUUAGCACGUUUGUGUCAUGGAAGGCCUUCUUCCCUCUGGUGAGGGACGACCCCAGCUGUACCUACUCCUUCAUAACAGGAGGAGCCGGGGAGAAGUUGCUGAUGCCCGGUACCGGCUUCCUCACCGUCGGAGCUGCCAGCACUCUGGCCUUCUGCCAGGUCCUACGAGACGAGUAUCCAGAGGUGCCUUGCAAACUCAACCAGGUGAAGAUCAACGCUGGUGUGGCCCCUCCAGAGCGCAUGGCCCCCGGUUACCUGAGCAACCUGGACCUGGGCGAGGCUGUUGCCUCCCUUGUGGAGCAACGGAGCACCUCCCACUCAGUCUUCACCGUCAGCUGCCCCGCAGAUUUAAAAACAGUCAUUCUGGAGAGGAACCUUUAGACUCCGGCCCAACUGUCCCGUCUACACGUCUUCUUCUCACGCUUAACUCUCCAGAAAACACUUUCAGUGUCUUUGGUUCAUCCAUUUUCUUAUUUUCUUCCAACAGCAAUUGUUGGCUCUUUUAAUUAUUACCUUAUAUUCUGCUACCUGUUCUCCCACUGUUACCAUCUACUCCCUUUGCAUGUGUCGCUGUGUAAACAAACUAAAGUAAACCUGGUACAAAACUAGACCUCCUUAAGGAACAACCAACGAAAAUAAACUUUCUACAUCAGUUACCCUCACCGUGAUUUGACGAAUUCUUAUGAAGGAAACUUUUUGCCUCAUACCUCCCCGGUGAAAUCAGAAAACGCAGAAAAUUCUGGAUGAAAUGAUGUCCGUUUAACACAGUAAAAGGAUAUAAAAACGGUAACUCAAAAAAAUAGUCUAAUUUUUCUUCUCCAGCGGUGAUGUCACUGCCAAGAUAGAGAUGGCUGGAGAUGUUCGCUGGCUCUUCACGUGACAUCACAGAGACCACAUCCAUGAUUUAUAGGGCCAAUACCUGCCACUGAUUAACAGUUUGUGGCAGUAAUUUAAUGAAGAGGAUAUUAUAGUAACAUCGAUAUACAGUGACACAAUAAUAUUCAACGGCCUGAAUGUGAGUAACUCUGAAUACGAGACAACUCCAUAAGGGACCUUAAACGUGACGACAUAACUGACAACAGAACAAAAGGCGACACAGCCCUUACACGCCGUGACCGGAGAUGGUUAGGAGUCUGAGGUACUCGGGACUUGGCUGGUGAGGUUUAAACUGGUCAUUCUGUAAGAAUGUGAUAGAGUAAUGAGAACAGGUGGCACGGCAUGACAUUUUAUUUUCGUAAAGCUCCAAGUCAAAAUGUACAUUCAAACAUGGAUUAAAAUACAAAUGAACAAGAUAUGUGCCACAUUAUUGCACCUGUAUGAAAUGUCUUUUUCGCAACGUUAAAGACAUCGGUUGGACAAUGGGGACAAUAAUUCAAGUGAGGAUGAUAACAUCUGAUGAUGAUGCCCCCGUAUGCGCCGCUUUAUCUGCCACCCGUGAUGUGGGCCAGCACGUCGCUCAGAUGGACCCAACACAGACCGCCUGCUUCAUGCAUACAUGCUUCCACAACAAGUAUGCCAAUGUGCCAUGCCACAUAAAAAGGCCUGCAUUGAAUACUUUGGCCUCUACGGGGGCAGGUGACUCGGAUCACACAAGAAGUGUGGGGGGGGGGGGCGGGUGGUUGUCAUUCAGUUUUUGUUUAGAACUUGUCGGCUGAUAGCUCAAUUAGGCCAAACUAUAAUUAAGGCGUGGGGUGGAGAGGGGGGGGGGAAGCCCAUCGGGCCCCAAUUUCUCUUCUUCAUCAACCCCUCCCAUACUCCUGCUCUCCAGCCCCCCGAAACAGUCAAACACAGCCAAGCAAACGGCCAUGUUUCCCCUCGUACGAGGACCAGUGGACCGCUGGUCCAUGGAGAGCAGUGCGGCACGGCCCCACAUGAGCGAGCGGAAAAGAAAAAGAUUUUUUUUUGUUUAUAAUAAAAAUAUAUUUAACAAAUGGUCAAUAUUUGUGUUUUUUAAACAUUGAUUAUAUACCAGGUAAUAUUUGUAAAUUAAGAUAUCUGCGCAAAAUAUAUGCUUCCUCUCCGGCCGUGUCCCUAAACAGGCGGGUCUAAGAAGCAGUUAGCCAAUCACUGAGAGUCAAUGAGUGACAUAAAAUACAUUGUUAUUUGGGCUUGUACUUUGCCGCCCUACGCUGCCUCUCAUCAGGGCGAGUCUCUACGCGCCGUUAAUCAAAACAGGAGCGACCACCAGCAGCGUCCUUCCAAGAAUACCCGACCCGACCUUGGUACGAGAGAAGAACUUUGCCAGAGAAACUAGAGGUAAAACAGCAGGACCCAGAUCAGCCUGAGCUCACGAUCAGACAACGGACGAAAGGGAAGCCGCACAUACAACGCUUCUGUAGAGACUUCUACACCUGAGAUGUUUAGCUACCUAGUUAGCUACAUGCUAACGGCGUAAAUUCGCACAGCACGCAUGGCGUCUGUAGGAUAUUAAAAAAUGAAUUGACGACCAGGUUAAUAAAUUAACUAUAGAUAAAAUGCAUUUAGUGUACAACAAAACACAACCAUGAUUCUGGGGAUAUGUAUUCGAUAAAGUAAUGGGAAUGUUGUAAAACCACUGUAAUUUUGAAACUGUAAUCAAUAGAAUAAUAUCAAUGUACAGUUAUGAUUGUAUUCAAUGUAAUGUGAUCUACCGAAAUGCAUUCAUGUAAUACUUGAUAUCGCCACAACUGACUAGAACUCACCAGGAGACCACUCCCAAGGGGCGUGGUCUCAGACUUUCACACCUUUACUGAUCGGUAUAAAAACAUGUAGGCAGCCAUUGUUCUCGAGUUCGCUGGUUGUAGACAACAGACGGUCUAGGGAUGGUCGUGAGACUGUCCUGUGGCCUGUUGGUUGCGGAGACCAGCGGCUCCUCAGCUGAGAUGUCCUUUUUAGCACAACACCCUUUCAUUUAUUAAAUACUUUUGAUUUUAACUGUUCACCCCAAGAUGUCUCCCGUCCGUCUGAUGUUUCUUCAUUAUUUGAACACAACACGUCACCAUGUUAAAGUUAACAUCACUACCCAGCUGCGACGCACACAGGACUGCGGUGAGGACACACAACCAGGACGUGGAUGAAAACAGGCACAUUUUAUCCAAAAUAUAUAUGUGAAGUUUUGAGUCUUUCCUCAACACACUGUUUACAUACACAUUUCUUCGUAUG